GGCACGGCGUCCCUACGUGCGUAUGCCUUUAAAUGGAACUUGACAGCGAGGAGCGCGCCCUCGCCGUGCGCGUGCGCGUGCGACGCCCCCUCCGACGCGGGCGGGUGUCAGCCGCGACCCGCUUGGUGUGAUUUUCCGUCCGGCGCGUCGUCUGCAAGGUGCGGAGAUGGUUGUUCUGUCCAAAGAGUACGGCUACGUGGUGCUGACCGGCGUCGCCAGUAUGAUCAUGGUGGGCCACUUGGCGGUCCGAGUGGUCAAAGCUCGCAGGAAGUUCAGAGUGCCGUAUCCCAAGAUGUACGGCGACGACAGCGAGGAGGGCCACAUUUUCAACUGCGUGCAGCGUUCGCACCUCAACACCUUGGAACUGUACCCCGCCUUCCUUUUCUGCCUGGCCGUCGGUGGUUUGCAUCAUCCCCGCCUCGCCAGCGGAUUGGGAGCCGUGUGGAUCGUAAGCCGAGAGGUGUACGCGCACGGCUACUCAACGGGAGAACCGGAAAAGCGGAGGCGAGGAGCUUUUGGGAACGUGGCUCUGCUGGGAAUGCUGCUGACCACCACCAGCUUCGGAUGCCACCUGUUGGGCUGGACACGACCUCGGUUGGGGUCGUGGUGCGACGCCCGCAAAUGUUGUUAACGGGCUCUCGCCGCAGGAGCUGGCGGAAAUUGCGCGCCCGCCGGCCGGCGAGCUUCACCUUUGCCGUAUUUCCUGCAGCGCUCGCUUGCGACUCCUCAGCGGGGAAGUGACCCGACCGGUUCUCCGUGUCGGGCGUGGCCUCCCGCGGGUUAGGGUGGAGGGCCUUGGCACCAGCGGGUUUGUUCUCUCUUUAAAUAAAUGCGGCACAUAUGGAACCCCA